AUGGCGUCCCCCGGACGCCCCGACACUGUCCUAGUCCCUCGGUGCCCCGUCAUUUUCAAUGGCACCAAUUGGGGCGAUUUUGUUUUCCAUAUGGAGGUCCACAUGGAUGGGCAGCUGCUGUGGGGCGACCUCACGGGUGAGCGGAUCUGUCCUCCCCGUCCUCUUCUUCCCACACCGCCCACAUACCCGACAGAUGCUGAUGAUAAUGCCAAGAAUGAUUUACUUGAGGCAUUUGAGGCUGAGAUGGAGAGCUACCAGUCUCAUCUUGGUGUCUAUGAGACUUGGCUGUGCAAGGAAAAAUCUGCUAAGAACAUCUCACUUGCGAGCAUGGAGGUCGAUCUCUAG